AUGCACGCACUUCAGACCUUCAAACCUGACACACACGCCGUGGACGUGACUGUAGCUCUCGGACAACACGGUCUUGGCCUCGUCCUCGGCAAGGAAGAGGCGGGAAGCCGCUGGGUUGUGAAGGGAUUCCGCGACAUGCCCGACGGACAACCCAACCCUGCGUCGGCGGGCGGUAUCGAAGUCGGAGACACCCUGCAGAAGCUAGACGGUGUCACCCUCGGCUCGUACAAAGAUGGCAUGGAGAUGUUCAAGAAGCAGAGCGGCUCCGUGGUUAUCACGGUCCUUCGGCAAGACGAAAUCACGAUCUAAGCUAGAAAAACGUUGCGAUAACAGUACCUCACGAUUCCACCGAACCGAAGAGUUGUGAUGUAUAUCUUUAUCGACCGGAGCUACAGUCGUCUGAGCUCUCUAGGUCCUCGUGAAAGACUGCGGAUGAGAUGAUGCUCUCGCAAGUUUGCGAACAUGAAAACAAGCGUCGCAAAGUUGUCUAGCUACUCUGUGCGCGGGUCGACCUCCCCUCACGGUCCCGCGGGGGAAAGAAAAAGUACGAUCAUGUCACUAAAGACCAUAGAAACUACAAUUGAUACAUAUCACGUUACGGACUGUUGUUGCUGUGCACUGCCUAGUGGACCCGGUUUCUCCCUCCGUGCGUUGCGAGAGGUCUGUUGGGUAUAAGAUGGACUUCGUGAUGCGGUAGCAGGGGUGAGGGUGAGGUAGUGUCGAGCUUGGUACGUCUUUGUCGGAGGACGAGCGGAGGGGUUUGGGGUGGGAGGGUUGUUCGCACUCUCGGCUCACGGCUCGAGUAGUUAGAAUAUUGGCACGUAAAUUUCCUUGUUUUUUUGUUUUCUGGAACGUCGAAAAGGUGUUGGAAUAGGCUGUUCCACGAGUGUGCCGAGUGCUGCACGGGAUGUGACGAUGUGACCAAUUCAUUGGUUGAGAGCAGGGAGCUAUUUUUUUAUUAGUGAUUUUAAGGGGUUUGUGUUAGCCGGUAGGAGCCUCUGGCUUGCCUCGUGUCUGCCGCUACUGCUGCUUGUUCANCCCCCCCCCCUUCGCCGGGGGGGGCGGAUCGAACGUCGUGGGGGGGGGCAAACACCAAGUAGGCCCGAACUCGGGACGAUUUGUCCCACCCAAUCCCGGAUUUGAGUUGCGACUCUCGCUUGGUCCUACACGAGGCUAAACGUUUAACCUUUUUCUGUCGUUUCAGUUUUGUGUUGACGUUUAGAAGCCGCUCCCGGUGUCUGCGACGCAGAUUGCCCUACUUGCACGGUAGUUGACCUGCACGUAUUUAUUGAUAUACGUGGGAACGCCAUAUGUUCGCCCAUUCAUACGAAUAUGUAGAUGCAUCUAUUUCCUCUCAGUCGUCGUCCUUUGUCGUUGUCUAGGGACAAGUCAAGCAGUAUCGUUGUCAUGCCACGCGUAAGUCAAGCAGUAUCGUUGUCAUGCCACGCGUUGCGUGUACCAGAAGCAGUGUUUGCUAAACGCAAGACUUUGGGAUUAACGUACGUGCACAGCAGUCAUCGAUACUGGCGCACGCAACGAUGGUGGAGCGUGACAGGGCAAUGGGAGUUGGGGUGGACGAAGCGGUAGGCUAGCGUGUGUUCGUGUGCAAUCGUUUGGUACUGAAGUAGAACGGGUUUUAGUAGAUAAGAGGGGGGCCUCAUCCGCAGACUUUCGCCAUGAACGCGUUCCUACGUGUCACUAACAACUUUUUUU